AUGGAUAAGGAGAACAAUCUAUGCGAUGUAUGUGGAAAAUCAGAUGCUUCAUGGCAUUAUUCAGUUAACUGUUGUAACCCGUGCAGAAUGGUAUAUCGGAGAUCACUCAAAAAUGCUCCAAAACAAUGUUCCCGAGGAAUAAGGUGCUCGAACUGCAGAUUCUGUAGAUUAAGACAAUGUAUUCAAGCAGGAAUGGGUGCACCAACCCCGUGGUCAUAUCAUGCGAUUGAACAUUUGGAUAUCUUGCACAUCUUCAGAGAGCACACUUUUUUGAAUUACACUUUUCCGGAAAACUUGAACUUUGAAGAAUUAAUUCACUCGAAAUCAGUGAAUUAUAUUUCAACGUCCGCUCAUUCCCAACCCACUUGGACCAGGACCAAUCUUUUCACAUCUAUUGAUUUUAUCAGAAAAUUUGAAGUCGUUCGGAAACUUUCAAAACCAGAAAUUGAGGCGUUUAUCAAACAAUCUUAUCUCCCAGUUUCCAUGUUUUUCACCGCUUGGAACUCUUUUCAAAAUAGAAAGAAAUACGCGGAAUUUCCCGGAGAAAUCGAUAUCAUAUCAGACGAGCUCAAAGAAAAACAUUACCAAGAAGAAAAUGUUCAUAAAAUUCGAUGUUCAAUUAUAGAAAAGUUGGCGGGAUUGGAAGUGAAAAAGGAAGAAUUUCUGUUGCUCAACGCGAUCAUUGUUUGUGAUCCAGCAGCUCCCCAUCUCUCCGAAGAACGCAAAUCAGAAAUUGAAAACGAACAAAACCGAUAUCUCUCAUUAUUAUUGAAUCACUGCUUACGAAAUUAUCAGAAGCAUGGACCAUCCAGAUUUGCCAAUCUAUUAACUAUUCUCAACACCAUCAAAAUUGUGAUGGAUGCUGCUGAAAAAAUUUCGAAAUGUUGA